AUGAUUGUCAACGUUAGUCAAUGUGCUUCCACAUAUGAUGAAACACUUCAUGUAAUGAAGUUUUCUGCUGUAGCAAAACAAGUCAUUCCAACAUUUCAACACAAACUCUUUGAUUAUUUUCCUCCGAAGUAUAGCAGGAGAGAAGAUAAACCUACCGUGCAUUUUGAUGACAUAUCAAUUGAGCAAUUUCCUACCUAUGCUGACAUUCCCUCUUCCCCUGAAGAUGAGGAAAUAGAUAUUACUAUUCUGAGCCAUGAGGAUCUCUUGAAAACCACAGAGAUGCUAAAGAAUAAACUGAUUGCAGAGAGGCAGGGCAAAUUACUCCUUGAAGUCCAAAUACGCAAAGAGAUGGCCAAAGCAAUGUUUCAGCAGCUUAUGGAAACAGAAGAAGCUUGGAGUAAACGCUUAGAAGACUUGAAAGAAAGUUAUGAAGAGAAACUGGAGAAUAAAUUUGUAAUGUAUAAAGAUGCCAUAAAGAAGCACGCAUAUACAUGUGCAAUGGACCAAGUUGAAGAACGCUAUGUUCCAAUAGAAGAAUUCAUAGCUGAACAAGAAAAGGUUCAGGAAAGAGAUAUGAAAAUACUAGAGCUGAAACUAAAACUUGGAGAACAAAAUAACCUGCCUUCGGAAAUUCCCUGUUCAGACUCUACAGCAUGGAAGAUGAAUCUAGAUGUUCAAUGCAGAAAGAUGGAAGAAACUUCAGGUGCUUUACAGAAGCCGUGUAAAGAGAGAGAUGAGUUAAUAAAAUCAUUGAAAUGGAAAAUUCAUAAGUUAUACGAAAUGUUGCAAGAUACCAAAGAAGAAUAUAGAAAAAUAGUUGAGGAGAACACUACAUUAAAGCAGAUGAUAAGUCUUAAGUUAAAAAGUAAUUGUGAAUACAGGACCAGGAAACCAUUGGCUUUCAAAAUAGGAAUAAAUGUGACCAUGAACCUGAAGCCACAUUAUCUCAUCUACAAGAAGAAUUAA